AAAUCUGAAAUGGAAUUAUGCACACACAACUCCAUAUGCUCUCCCAUCGUUGUCAUGAGCUAUACCCUAUCCCUUGGCAUUCAUGCUUCCUCUUCUCUUACCCUGCUCGCCAGCAGCGGCGAGCCUCCAGCUCCUCUGCCACGACACCCCGCCUUCUUCUCAGUUCCGCCCAACAAUCCCCACGCCGAUUUCUCCUCAGCAGCGCGGCGCUUGGGCACCGCCGGCCUCUGGCUUCGCCAUCCCUCGCCGCCGCUCGAGGCGCGCGCCAGAUGCUCGCUGUAUUGCCGCAAUGGCCUUCGCGUCGUACCUAGCCUCCUACUCCCGCGCCUCGGCGGCGCCGGCAGCGGCGGCCGCGUGCCCGUGCCAUGCGCAACCGCGGCCGCGGCGGCGUCGGCCUCGCCCAGCGCCCCUCCGGGCGUACGCCGCCUCCGACCACCAGGAGCGGCUCCUCACCGCCCUGUGCGAGCAGGCGGACCCCGAGGCCGCGCUCCGGAUGCUGAACUCGGCGCUCGCGCGGGAGGACUUCGCCCCGAGCCGCGCCGUCUACGAGGAGAUCAUCCGGAAGCUCGGGACGGCCGGCGCGUUCGACCUGAUGAAGGGGCUUGUCCGGGAGAUGCGGCGGGAAGGGCACGAUGUCAAGGUUGGCGUGGUGCACUCGUUCGUGGAGGGCUACGCGCGGGUGCGGCGGUUCGACGACGCUGUCGACCUGGUUCUGAACCAGCUCGACCUCUUCGGCGUUCAGGCGGACACGGUGGUGUACAACCACCUCCUCAAUGUUCUUGUGGAGGGGAGCAAGAUGAAGCUCCUGGAGUCAGUCUACAACGAGAUGGCCGGUCGGGGUGUCCGACCUGAUGUUGUGACAUUCAAUACCCUGAUCAAGGGGCUGUGCCGGGCGCAUCAGGUCAGGACUGCGGUCUUGAUGGUGGAGGAGAUGCUGAGCCAUGGUGUGGCGCCUGAUGAGACCACAUUCACCACGUUGAUGCAAGGCUUUGUUGAGGAGGGAAGCAUCGAGGCGGCAUUGAGGGUAAAGGCGAAGAUGUUGGAGACGGGAUGCUCUCCAACAAGGGUAACAGUUAAUGUUCUGAUUAAUGGGUACUGCAAGCUGGGGAGAGUGGAAGAUGCUCUUGGCUACAUACAGCAAGAGAUUGCUGAUGGAUUUGAACCUGAUCAGGUCACAUACAAUACUUUUGUCCAUGGGCUGUGCCAAAACGGAUAUGUCAGUCAUGCCUUGAAAGUCAUCGACCUUAUGAUUCAGGAGGGCCAUGAUCCUGAUGUUUUCACCUACAAUACUGUUAUUAAUUGCCUCAGUAAAAAUGGAGAGCUUGAUGAGGCUAAAGGAAUUGUAAAUGAGAUGGUGGACAGGGGCUGCUUGCCUGACACUGCCACAUUCAACACUCUCAUUGUUGCUCUAUGCUCACAGAAUCGACUUGAGGAAGCAUUGGACCUUGCACGUGAGCUAACUGUGAAGGGACUUUCUCCGGAUGUUUAUACUUUCAAUAUUUUGAUCAAUGCCCUUUGCAAGGUAGGAGAUCCUCAGCUUGGUAUGCGAUUGUUCGAGGAGAUGAAGAGCAGUGGAUGCACCCCUGAUGAAGUUACAUACAAUAUAUUGAUUGAUCAUCUUUGCUCAUUGGGGAAGCUUGGAAAUGCUUUGGAUUUGUUGAAGGAGAUGGAAUCCAGUGGAUGCCCUCGGAGUACAGUGACAUAUAACACAAUAAUUGAUGGGUUAUGCAAGAAAAUGAGAAUAGAAGAAGCUGAGGAGGUUUUUGAUCAAAUGGAUCUACAGGGUAUUUCAAGGAAUGCGGUCACAUUUAAUACACUUAUUGAUGGCUUGUGCAAGGCCAAAAGGAUUGACGAUGCAACGGAGCUUAUUGAACAAAUGGUAAAGGAAGGAUUGCAACCUGAUAAUAUCACUUAUAAUUCUAUUCUAACACAUUAUUGCAAGCAAGGAAACAUCAAGAAAGCAGCUGAUAUUUUAGAAACUAUGACAGCAAAUGGAUUUGAAGUUGAUGUUGUCACAUACGGAACACUCAUUAAUGGUCUAUGCAAAGCUGGUAGGACUCAGGUUGCUUUGAAGCUUUUAAGAGGCAUGCGAAUUAAAGGGAUGAGGCCUACUCCAAAAGCUUACAACCCUGUGAUACAGUCUUUGUUUAAACGGAAUAAUUUAAGAGAUGCCCUUAAUCUUUUCAGGGAGAUGACUGAAGUGGCUGAGCCUCCUGAUGCCCUCACAUAUAAGAUUGUAUUCCGUGGUCUUUGUCGUGGUGGAGGUCCUAUCAAAGAAGCUUUUGAUUUCUUAGUGGAGAUGGUGAAUAAGGGUUUCAUGCCUGAAUUUUCAUCUUUCCGUAUGCUAGCUGAAGGUCUAUUAAAUCUGGGCAUGGAUGAUUAUCUAAUUAGUGCUGUUGAACUGGUUAUAGAAAAGGCUGACUUUAGAGAGUCUGAUGUUUCUGCAAUAAGGGGGUAUCUCAAGAUCCGCAAAUAUUAUGAUGCAUUAGCAACUUUUGGCCGUCUCCUAGAGAUCAACAAUCCUCAAUGGGCUUAUCGAUGAUGCAGCAUGCCUGAGAAAAUGUACCAUGAAACUACUGAGUAGAUUACAAAUUUGCUAGUUGCUUGAUUGGCCUGAACUUUUUAAGCAGUGGUGUAAUAGGUGUCUAUGCCAGCGAAUAUGGGAUGCUAUCUUGCUUCUGAAACUCAUGGAGAUCUGCUUGCCUUCUUUUCCAUCAUGAACCCUCUUUCGAGGCUCCUGUAUUUUUGGGAAGCUAAUGAUCACAUAGUUUUGCUGCUCUGUCAAAUGAAA